AUGGACGAAUCGAUCGAAGAAGGGGACUCCCUCUUCUCAUUACCUGGAAGACCCAAUGUAAACCCUCGCUCAUUGUAUCAUACCCCUCCGCAAGCAUCAGGUGGAAAUCGCGUUGGAUUAGGACUUGAUCCAACGAUCGUACCUGCACAUCUGCCAGAAUCAGAAGAAUCAUUCGAACAACCUAAUAGAUGGAGUGGAGCUUCGCCUCCUGAUAUCUCGACAUCAUAUGAAUAUCCACAGCAGGGAGAAGAAGAAGAAGAAGAUGGGAUUCCGGUCGAAGAACAAGGUGAAGAAGAAGAAGAUGAGGAUGGUGAAGGAAGUUAUGCGGCCAGUGAAGGUAGUUCAGCACAAUAUGAUCCUGAAGCAGAUCCAGAAACUUUUGCUCGGAGAUUAGAUGAACUAGCUGGUAUAUUAGAGAUUAGUGAGCAAGAAUCUAAUGCAAAUAAAUGGGGCAUUCCUAUAAUCAAUAAGAAAAAUCAAGAUAUACCUCUGCAUGAUUUUCGUAGUUUGAUAAAUCUUCACCUGACUUCAACAGAGUGGAAAUACUCUUCACCAGCUUUACUCGUACCACUACCUGGUAGAACUGCAUCAUUCGGAGGAGGCUUGCCUAUGAAUCACGACACGGUUAUCCACCCAAUACGCGUACUGGGAAGAGGUUGGACAGAUAGAGAUGAUUGGUUGGACGAUGAUUCGGAUUCUAUGCAAGUGGAAGCUUGA